GAACAUGUCGAUAUAACAGAGUCUGUAACGGUCCAUUCAUGUGAAACAAAUGAUGUGGUACCAGAAGUGCAGGUUUGCAUAGCAAACAUCCCUAUACCUGCUAGUUCUAAGCCAUUAGAGGAUAGAAAGACAGAUGUUUUCUUGGACGAGACGAACAAGAAAAAUGUUAGUAAUAGUAUAAGGCAGAGGAAUAGGGAGAAGAUGCUUUACACAGUGCCUUUCAGCCAGUGUGAGUCAUCUAAAAAUCAAGCCCAAGACUUAUCUAAAGUGAAUAUCUCUUCAGCAUCUAAAGUCGUACUAGAAGUUGUAACCUCUAUAACCUCUGAUCAGACUAGGUUGCAAGAUGCUGAUUCUUUGUUUCCUUUCAGCUCUCCAGAAAACAAUCAUAUUUCAUAUCAUCGGGUAACGAAUGAAACACGUAACAUCCUGACCAGUGGUCAGGAACAAAAUCAUGUGACCAAAAAAUCUGAGACUAGCAAAAAAAUCUUGCCUGAAGAAAAUACAUCCUUAUCAGCCGAUUUGAGGGAUUAUAUAAAAACGCUUACAGGGGUUUUUGUCGAUGAGACCGCUUAUUGGGAUACACCAUACGAGAAUGAAACUAGGAUAGUGGAAGAAAUGAAUGAAGAGGUUGCUUCACAAUUAAGAAAAGAAAUGGACAAAA